AAAUAAGACGUGGUUGAAGACAAUAUUUACAGGUUUUAAAGAAUAAGGCAACGAACAAAUGCGAUAUGUUUACAUAUUCAACACCUUGAUCCCUUUCUAUACUGUAGAAAUCAACUUUCUAUAAUAAUACAAGUGUGUCGUACAAUCUUCCAAAGUACCCACUUACGUCAGCACAGAUAGCAAGAUGUCCAGCAAGAAAAAAAAGAAAGAUCCCAAAAAUUGGGUACGAAGCUUUACAGUGACCGAUCCACAACUUCAUGAAAAGGGACAUACAAUAUACUGUGUGACCUCUAAGGUUUUUCCAAUUGAUCGCCCAGAAGUGAUAACAGAAGUGGUGGUGUGGAGAAGAUACAAUGAUUUCAAAAAACUGUAUCAGUCUUUGUUAAAAUUACACAAGGCAUUACACAGACGGGCAGAAUUUCCACCAUUUGCAAAAGCUAAAUUAUUUGGUAGAUUUGAAGAAAAUGUUAUUGAAGAAAGAAGACAGUGUGCUGAAAACCUUCUUAAUUUUGCUGGAAGCCAAGACCACUUAUUUAUGUCUAAUCUUUUCCAAAGUUUCUUUGAGGGUGGUGAAAAAAGCAAGUUAAAUAGAGAAGUGACUGCUCUGCCAGACUCCCCAUUGAAACCUACAAAAACCCACCCAGAUGAGGAUAACACUUUGGUGCAACAGCAGGAGGAUAUAGAUGAACUGUCUGCUAGUACUGCAUCCAGUAUAUCCUCCAGUUUAAUUAGUAGCAGAGAGCUACUAGGAACUCUUGGGGGUGUUUGGAAAUUUCCAGCAGUUGAUGAAGACCUCAAUUUUAACUCAGAUGACAAUGAAGAUACUGAUUUUACUGAUGACUCAGCACUUAAUACUCCUCUUCCUGACACAGAUAUUUCAUUUUUUGAUCCCUUGAUGAAUGUUCCAAACUCAGAAGACCAACAGGAUCACCAGGGUCAUAGUAAUGCUUGGUUACUGUCAGCCAUGACAGCAUGUGCAGAGUUGGAUAGCAGCCAAGAACAUACACAAACUACAGAAUCACCUGCUAGUAAUGACGUUUUUGAUGCUCAGAUACCAGAUAACUUUGGUGUUGUGUCUUCAGAUACUUCAGGGACAGAAGUCCCUGAAUUGGUUGGUGCUGAGGCAGAUAGUGUUGAUGGUGCUGAUUUGGUGCUCAAUAGAGAUAGUGAUUCUACCUUGGGUCAGUUUGAUCCACUAGGCUCACAGUCAGAAUCAAGAGUUGAGUGUGGUAAAGGCGACUUGGAAUUGAGCUUUGCACAACACCCAGAUGUACCUGAUGCCCAACAAAGCAGGGCUGGACAAGAUAAGACCAGUAAAAGUUUAAGUUCAGAAAUUACAAGUAUUGCUAACAGAAUACGAUCUCACACAGCAGAGAGUGUGACUACAAUGGAUCUAGGUGGGCAGCAGGAUUACAUUUACCAGGCAGCAAAUCAGAUCAGCCUUGCACAGCAAUGUGAAGCCAAUGGGAACUUUGAGGUAGCUUUUGGUUACUACAAGAAUGGUGUUAGUGUACUACUUAAAGGAGUGCAGGGGGAUAGUAAUAAGUCAAGACGUGAAGCAGUAAGAAGAAAAACUGCCCAGUAUUUACUGAAAGCAGAGGAUUUGUACAACAGACAACUGGCUGACAAAAAAGAAGAUCAAAAAAGAUGGGGGAGUGACAGCAAAAUAUCCCCAACUGUUGAAGUAGAUCCCAGUAUAGCAUACCUGCAAUGUCCUAUCUCGGAACUUCAGAACUAUAGUGUGCUAGGGGUCAUUGAUAAAACCAUGCUGGUAAUGGAUAAACAAACUGAUCAAACAUAUGUAAUUAAGGUGCUGUACAAGAACACUUUCCCACAACUUGGUGUUCAAAACAUUAUACCCACCCAUUGUCCAUAUAUGGUGCAGUUUUACAAGUUUUAUGAGACUAGUUCGGCUAUUUACUUACUACUACAGUACGCCAGUGGUGGAAAACUCUGGUCAUAUAUCAGUGGAUAUUUGCACAGCCAUAACAGACAAGGGGCAGAUGUGGAUAAAACUGGUGAAAAUACUCCUAACUUGAGACAAUCUAAUGCAUACACAGGCCAGAAGCUUGUGGAAACUGAAGGAUAUGAUAUAGUGCAGAGACAAGAACAGAACUUGUCUGGAGUGAUAGGAGAACCUGAAUGUUCCAGUAGCUACAUUGAACUUUUUUCAGACUAUGCUAAAAGUAUGAAGCAAGAUAUAGAUCCCAGUGUAAAAUUUUCUAAGGACAGUCCUAACAGGGUGACGUAUCACAAACCACAUGAUCCAGAUGACAGGGAAGAGAAAAAGAAACCAAAUUAUCUCAGUCUUUCAUCUCUAGAUGACCAGAGUGAAAAAGAGGACUCCCCAGCAAGGGAUGAUGUGUUUGAACAGACACCGAAAGAACCACAUGCAUUUCAAGAUGUUUUGGAACAAGCUCAACCCUCGUUAGAAGUUUUCAGCAUCAACAGCAUUGAUAGCAGCGAUCGCAUCAGGCUUGGCAGCAGUAUGUCAGACCACAUCCAAGGCAUUAUGGAAGUUACUGAAAAUUCACCCACACAUUCGUCUACAUAUAGCAUUGAUGAUUCCGACUUAGAAAACUUGAAAAGGGAAUUCGAGACUGACCAUGAGGAUAUGUUCAGCAGUGGUAGCACCAUGAAAUUUGAGGAUAGCUAUUCUGGUAGUAAUGCAUCUUUGCUAGCUAAUCUUGGCACUCCAGAGGCUGGAUCUUCCCCUAAAAUUGGAAGACAGAAAAAUGAGACUGGAGAAAUGGAUAGUUCACAAGAACACAAGGAUCUAGUUAAUAGUGCCAAACAGUUACUGGAAUCUGUUGAAAUAACUUUAAGUGAAACUGACAAAGAAGUAGCUCAUCUGAUGACACAGGAUCAAAAUCCUAGAAAUCAGCACCAGACCAGAGAACAAAUCCCAAAGGUUUCCACUAUGGCAAAUGAUCCCGAAUUAAUAGCUGGUCUUACAGUUGAUGAAAAUGGGUGUUGCCCUGAUACUGAGGACAAAUUACAACUAACAGAAAAUGGCAAAAAUGCAAAUGUUGCAAGUAACUCAAACAUGCCCGAUGCUUGCCAACUGGGUGCAGUAAGGAGAACAUCUGUCCCAUCGUCAAAAGAUACUGUCUUUAGUAUUCAAACCAACAGACAGACAUCUAUAGAAAGGAGUCUUGAGACACCUUCUAAACCAAGGCAAAGGAUGCUGUCUGCUGUGUUCAGCCAGCUGGACCUGGCUGCUGAGGAGAGGGCCAGUAAGUGCCGUCUACCAGAGACCUGUGUAAGACGUUGGGCUGCUGAGAUUAUAGUGGCCUUGGAUAAACUUCAUGGCAUGGGGAUAAUCUGCAAAGAUCUCAACCCAGCCAAUAUUCUGCUUGGUGAAAGAGGCCAUAUUAUGCUGUCCUACUUCAGCCAGUGGAACACAGUAGAAAAGGCACCCAACUUUGAUGCAAUAGAUCAGCUGUAUUCAGCACCAGAAAUAAGGCAGGUGAUGGAUCCAACAAAAUCUGCAGAUUGGUGGAGCGUUGGUGCAUUGCUGUUUGAGAUGCUUACUGGUCAGUCUUUGCUGUCUUGUCAUCCUAGUGGAAUUAAUACCCACACAGCUCUGCAUUUUCCAUGCCCUUUGUCAAAUGAGGCACAGUCACUGUUAAAUGAGCUUCUUAGGUAUAAUCCCAGUGAAAGACUAGGCUCGGGUAUUAAUGGCAUUGAAGAAGUAAAAGAACAUCCUUUCUUUUCAACUGUAAAUUGGAAUGAACUGUAUUAUUAAGUACUUGUCACCACUUUUAAAAUUAUGGAACAAAAAAAGUCCUAUAGUGCUUAUAGAGGCUUGUAAUAAAUGUUCAUUGCCUCUUUAAUAAUUUAAUAUUAGAAACAUAACUAUUCAUGUUUAUGAUACAUU